GCAACAGACACUUGUCAUCCCCAGCAUCUGAGUUGCAGAGAGAAUUCGACACACACACACUCUUCUCUUUACUCUAAUUUUUCCAAAUUUUUAUUACAUAAAUAAAUAAGAAGAAAACAAGUCAGCAGGAUUCCACGUUGAUCUACUUAGUUUGCACGAAAAGGUUGAAUCCUGCUCCAUUGGGACAUCAGCUCAAUUAUUAAAGAUUGAUAAGGAUGGGGUCUCAAUUCAACUUCAAGAGUUAUAGUAAUGUUCCACCUGGGGAAAGCACAGAUGCAAAGCCACCAGGGAAUUCCCCAUUGGCCCGUCAGGGUUCAGUAUACUCACUGACCUUUGAUGAAUUUCAGAACACCUGGGUUGCCGGAGAAGGGAAGGAUUUAGGAUCGAUGAAUAUGGAUGAGCUAUUGAAAAAUAUAUGGUCUGCUGAAGAGACUCAGGCCAUGACAAGUUCAGUUGUUGGCGUUGGAGAUAGAAGCGUCUCUAGUGCAAAUUUGCAGAGACAAGGAUCUCUAACUUUGCCUAGGACACUAAGUCAGAGAACUGUUGAUGCGGUUUGGAAAGACUUGGUCAAAGAAAGCAGUGGCGGUGUUAGAGAUGGGAACAACACUGGAUCGGAUAUGCCUCAGAGGCAACCGACGUUAGGUGAGAUAACUUUGGAGGAGUUUUUGGCCAGGGCAGGGGUGGUGAGAGAAGAUAAUCAGCAAAUCGGAAGGCCAACUGGUGGUGGAUUCUUUGAUGAAUUGUCUCUACUAAGUAAUACUAAUAACAACAACAGCGGGUUGGCUCUUAAUUUUCAGCAGCCAAAUCAAACAAAUGGCAUUGUGGGAACCCGAUUAGUGGAUCACACUAAUAACUUAGUUGAUGCUCAGCCAUCUCCGUUAGCCGUAAAUGUAGGUGGAAUGGGAGCCUCUCAGCCACUACGUCAGCAGCACCAGAACCAGCUACAGCAACAGCAUCAGCAGCCGCUCUUCCCCAAGCCUGCGAAUGUGGCAUUUGCAUCCUCUAUGCAACUAGUAAACAAUGCUCCGCUUAGCAGCCCAGGAGUGAGGAAUUCAAUUUCUCGGAUUGCUGACCCCUCUAUGAAUAAUAAUUUAGUUCAUGGAGGAGUAAACAUUGCUGGUUUAGGAAAUGCGGGUGUUACUGUUGCAACACGAUCUCCUGCCAAUCAGAUAUCGUCAGAUAUGAUGGCCAAAGGUGGUGCUGACAGGCCUUCAAUUUCACCAAUUCCUAACAUGUAUGGCCGGGGAAGAAAAUCUGGUGCAGGAUUAGAGAAGGUAAUCGAAAGAAGACAUCGGAGAAUGAUCAAGAAUAGAGAGUCGGCUGCAAGGUCACGAGCUCGCAAGCAGGCCUAUACAUUGGAGCUAGAAGAAGAGGUUGCAAAGCUUAAAGAAAUAAAUGAAGAACUGCAGACAAAACAAACCGAAAUUAUGCAAACGCAGAAAAAUGAGUUCUUAGAGACAAUGAAUCGGAAAUGGGGAUCUAAAAGGCUCUGCUUGCGGAGGACGCUAACAGGCCCUUGGUGAAGUUAAUAUACUAAUUGUGGAUAAUAAUACUGGCUAUCUGUGAUGUGUAGGAAUUGGAGGGAGCAGCUUUGAUUUGCAUCUUUAUACUUCAAAGGUUUAGGUAGGAGUGUGUAUAGGAUUAGGGUAUUGAGUUGUAAAUUAUGACUUGAACUUAGUUUUAUACUGCAGAAUAAACCUGCCUCCUGUUUGAUAACUUGGUUAGUUUUAUUGACCACUCUCAUAAGCCAGUCUUAUUGAUAAAACAGCUAUGGUUUGUAUUCUAUAAAACUUACUGGCAUAGUGAUUAUUAGGUGAAAACAUUCCAUUAGUGGUUGGAAAUUUUGAACAUCGUAUGCUAUAAAUAUUUUGCCAGAGUUUGUACUUA